AUGGGGUCCCAGGUGCAAGCAGCGGCCCGGUGCCGUGACCCAGGCCCUGUCUUUGGCAAAAUCGCGCCUGAGAUUAUUGAGGAUACACUGAUCCAUUUGGCCACGGCAAACGAGCAGUACCUGAGCGAGCUGCCGGGUCAGGCUGGAUGCUUCAAAGAGACGCAGAUAGUGGAAUUUAUAUUCCUUUUGUCUGAAAAAUGGCACUUGGACCAAUCGACAAGGUACCAAGCGGUAGAGUUACUCGAAAGGUUUAUGAUCAAGCAAGUAGAACAAAUCUGUAAGUCCUCCAGAGAGAAUGUUAUAAGUCGUGAACAAGGACAAGGCAGCAGCUGGAGCUCUCUGAAACAUCAGAUAUACGACACGUUUGUCCUGCGACUUGUGUCCUGCAUUCAGCUUGCAAGCAAACUUUCCUUACACUAUAACAUAGUUAACAGUGACACAGCUUUAAAGUUUCUACAGUCCUUAAAAUACUCAUACACUAAACAGGAAUUGCUUGAGUCGGAGCUUGCUGUUUUAAAAACUCUGCACUUCCAGAUCAACGUGUCAACUCCUUUGGUUUACGUGGAAUUGCUUCUAGAGGUUUUAGGACAUAACGGCUGCUUGCUUCCUGCAAAGCCAUUACAUCAGAUGUGUACGCAACUAUUAGACUUCUCCUAUCUUACAAGAGAUACCAUCUAUGACACUUUGCUGAAGAUUGCCAUCGAAAAUUCGACACCAAGCAAACUGCAGGUAGUGAAGUUUUUGACAGUAAAGGAAGACUUCAUGCUCCUGGCUGUUGGAAUCAUCAGCACAAGCGUGUUCAUACUAAACCCUGGGCAAUGGAAGCAGGUUGUGGAGCAUUUAAACUGUAUCACUGGCAUUACUUCACAAAGUAUCUUAGAGUUUUCUUACGCAGUACUGAAACACAUCGUUGGCAGUUCCACUGCAAAGCAGCACUCCAGGAACAGUGGAACAAAACCUCCAGAGAAGAGAAUUAUGUAUCUUAAGUAG